UAUAGAAUGAAAAACAGUAACAGUAUUUUGGAUUUGAGUUUAGUAGUAUGAUUUACUGUUGUUCAUGGCGGCGAUGAAGAUACUUUUUACUGUAGGAAAUUUGACUGAAACUCGGAAGAUAAUUUGUGCAACUCUAUAUGCACACUAUAAUUAUAUAAUCUAAUAACAUCAUAAUUUUUAUCCUAUCAUACGUACUACAUAUUAAGUUUUUAACUUAGAAUGGGAAUGUUAAGAUCAACAACUAGAAUAAAUUUAAAGACAAGAUCUCUGCUAUUCUCAUUUAUUUGCAUAAUCACAAGUGGUAUUUUGAUACUUCACACGAAAAAUUACAUUAGCAGACAAGAGACUGAAAUUAGGCAUAUCAAUCGACAACCCCUUUUACGACCUUUAUAUAGAGUAAAUGAUUGCGCAUCUAUAGAAAAUAUAGAUAUGGAACUUAUUCGUAUAGCUUUAGAAUAUAAUGGUGUGUCUAGCGCAGAUGAACACUGUCAGCGAAUGUCAUCACUGAAUGAAUACUGUGCUUGCAUGAUGAUGGCCGGGCUGAUAAUCAAGAGGGACAAUAAAUUCGAUAGUGACAUUUAUUGGCAUAUCAAACUUAUCAAUAACGCUAUAAAAUACGUUAAUUCCCAUUGUAAAUGCCAAUUUGCUAAUCAAAUAAACUGGUAUGAUAAAGGCGAGAUAAUUUGA